GGGCGUGGCCGGCCCCGCCCGAGGGUAUAAAAAGGCGGCACGAGGCCGCCCCCGCCCGGCGGGAGGCUCAAGAUGGCGGCGCUGAGGGCGGCGGGGGCGGCGCUGCUACGGCCUGGGCGCGGGGAGGCGGCGGCCAGGCUGGGCUACCACAAGAAGGUGGUGGAUCACUACGAGAACCCGCGCAAUGUCGGCUCCCUCGACCGCAAUGCCAAGAACGUGGGCACCGGCCUGGUGGGCGCCCCGGCCUGCGGCGAUGUCAUGAAGCUGCAGGUGGAAGUGGAUGAGAACGGGAGGAUCAUCGACGCCCGCUUCAAAACCUUUGGUUGCGGGUCAGCCAUCGCGUCAAGUUCGCUGGCAACGGAGUGGGUCAAAGGGAAAACGGUUGAUGAAGCAUUGAAAAUCAAGAAUACUGAUAUUGCUAAAGAACUCUGCCUUCCUCCAGUCAAACUGCACUGCUCAAUGUUGGCUGAAGAUGCAAUCAAGGCUGCAUUGGCUGAUUACAAGUUGAAGCAGGAUCCAAACAAAGAAGAGUCAGAGAAGAAAGCAAACAAUGCCUAAACUGACUGUAAAGCUUGUCCUCAUUCCACUUAAAUUUGCGGUGCAAUUAUUCUAGCUAUUAGUAGGAUCCUGCGCACUACUAAAUGAAGCUGUAAGAUACGCACAACUUACGCACAACAUGUCACUGCUCGUGUGUGUACAGCCACUGUCGUUGUGCUUACACAACUGGGAUGUGGGUAUUUCAGCAGCCUGUGUCCUGUCACGACUGUGAAAUGUAAAAGUGAAGAAGGCUGCUUAGCUGCAGAGAACACGGUGGCUUCUUUCUGGAGAGAAAAUCCUGAUGUUCUGGUACUGGAAGGGCUGCACUUUUUUGGAGGAUGUAUAGUUUUGCCUAAUAUUCUACAGAAUUUGGUGGGAAAUGUUGCCUUGGUCUUAACGUUUAUGUAAGAACUACAGAUCCGUCUGUGUAUCAAUGCAGUAUACAAAUGUGGGGCAGUGUGUCUGCCUGCAGACUA